GAAAAAUAGCCUUCUCUAUGCUGAAAAGAGAGUUGAAACAGGUGGAGGAAAAAGAAGAAAAAGAAAAUUGGAUUGAUAAAAGGGCGAAAAAAAGAGGAGAGCCGUGGCAAAAAAUGGAGGAAGCAUUAAAAAAUACCUUACAGCAGGAAAUAAACCCCAAAAAUCAAGAAAAAAUUCAGUUAGAAAAAGAAAUAUUGAGACUGAGGGAAGAAAGAAAAAAAAUCAAUCAAGAAAAAGAGGAGGGAAGGAAUUCCAAUCCACAAUUUCUUCGAGAAAAAAUUCGGGAAAUUUAUCAACACUCUCAAAACCAAAUCGAUAUGGAUUGUAAGCAAAGAAAACAUUCGGUAGGAGAAAAUAAUAUUUUGCUUAAAAAUAUUGAUAAAAUUACUAAUCCCGCCUUGGAAAAAGAACUUUUGAUAAUUUUGGAUCCAACCAAAAAUACUAAUUUAGGAAAAUAUCAAAAAAAACUGGGUAGGGGCGAAAUAGAGGCAUCGAUUGAUUUGUCAAAGUUCCUUCUCAUCGCUACCACCUCUACUGUUGACACUAAAUUAUCCGAAAAAUUACGGGCAAAAUUAAACCACGUUGAACCUUUUCUUGAUAGAUAUUUUUGA